AUGUCAGUCACCAAUACACCCGUGGAGCAAAAGCAACAACAAAGACAUAAUUACUCGUCUUGGCAUCAAAGCACAUCAUCAGUAUCGGCAUCGGCAUCGUCAUCUCAACAAACACAAAACCCUAAUGACCAACACAACACAUCACAACCUCGAUUUGUUAACGAGCCAAGUCAUCACAUAGGAGGCAGCAAUGCAAGCAUUUCACAAGGUGGAAGCUUUGGUAGUGGUAUUGAUCACGAUAGUGGUGGUGGCAUCAUUGCAACGUCAAGUCCACGUGGUCGAGAACAGAGUGAAGAAGCAGAAGAAAGGGGAAGGAGUAGACUGCGAGAAGAUCAAGUGGAUUCAACGGACGAUAGUUUUGACGAUAUAAGCUUAAUGGGAUUCAAGACUGGCACAAAGCAUCACAGUCCUAUAAAGAUGAAGAAAGUGAGAUGA